AUGACGGUUGCCCAAAGAUAUGAAGCGGUAAAAAAGAUUGGUUUGUGCAUGAAUUGCUUAGCAGCUAGUCAUCUAGCACGAAAUUGUACCCGAGGAUUCUGCCGCCAAUGUGGGAGGAGACAUCACACGCUGCUGCAUUCAUCGAAGGAAACAAACAGUGUAAAACCGAAACCCUCCGAUGCGUCGGUGACAGCGAUCAACCGUAACCACCCCGAUAAUCGAUCAACACCUCAACAACAACAACCUUUACCCAGGCAACAACAACAACAGACCCAAAUAGUUAUAGACCCAAGACCUCCUACCACAUCAACUGCAUUACCAAUUGUCAAUGAAACUUCGCACAGUACUCACCCACUGCAUGCCACAGAUCCUAACCCACAACCACUUACCAUUGCACUUCCCUUACACUCCACACACCAAAUUCUUCUAUCAACUGCCCUGGUGAAAGUUUCCGAUUCGACAGGCCGAAGCGUUCUAGCUAGAGCCCUGUUGGAUUCCUGCUCCCAAAAUUGCUUUGUCACGUCCAAACUUUGUCGUCAACUCCACUUGAAAGAGUUCCCCGAAAUUUUGAAUCUGCAUGGAAUUGGAGGCACCUCAGGCUGUUCCAGAAAGGCUGUCCGUGCAAAGGUUGCACCUCGUAUCGAUCGGAUUUCUAGCUUUUUGGAAGAGAUCCACUUCAACGUUUUACCAAGUUUGACGGUGCAGUUGCCGUCUCAAAGUUUCUCCAUUGGUGAUUGGACUAUUCCAAGGCACAUGACCCUAGCAGAUCCUGAAUUCCAUGAAAGAGGAGAAAUUGAUAUGCUGAUUGGUGCGGAAUAUUAUCUCGACUUAUUACGAACUGGUCAACAUAAAGUCAGCGAAGAGGGGCCUACUAUGCAGGAGACUGUAUUCGGAUGGAUUUUGGCUGGACGCAUUCCGGAAUCAAAAGGUUCAUCAAUUGAUUCAGGCGUUCAGCUAUGUACGAUGUCGGAACUUCAUGAACAGGUCACCAAGUUCUGGGAAUUAGAGACAUGUCAUAUGAAGAGCACCAACUCCGUGGAAGAAUCCUUGUGCGUGGAGCUUUUUCAGCGAGAAACUACUCGAGAUGAAACUGGCAGAUUUGUAGUAUCGUUGCCCAAGAAGGAUUUUGUCCUCAGUAAGCUCGGUGACUCCAGAGCCAAUGCCGAAAAACGCUUUUACGGAUUGGAGAAGCGUUUCGUGAACAAUCCAUCAAUCAAGGAGAUGUACCUCAAGUUCAUCCAAGAAUACCAGCAUAUGGGUCAUAUGAAGCUGGUUCCAGAUUCUGAAGAAGUGCUACGUUACUACUUACCCCAUCAUCACGUCUUGAAGCCAGAAAGUACGACAACGAAAUUAAGGGUCGUCUUUGACGCGUCCUGUCCGUCAACGUCAGGAGUUUCCCUCAACGAUGGCCUCAUGGUUGGGCCAAUAGUUCAGGACGAUUUGGUCACAAUUGUUACUCGAUUUCGCCUACACAAAUUUGCAAUUGUGGCAGACAUUGCAAAAAUGUACCGCAUGAUCAAUCUUGCGGAAUCCGAUCAACGAUACCAGUGUAUUUUGUGGCGAAAUGAUCCGUCAGAACCGCUCAAGACCUACAAACUUUCAACCGUUACUUACGGUACAGCGAGCGCACCGUUUCUGGCUACUAGGUGCUUACAGAAGCUAGCAGAAGAUGGAGGGCAGAGUCAUCCUUUGGCCGCAAAAAUUCUCAAGAAGGAUUUUUACAUGGACGACGCAUUGAUCGGUAUUGAUACCCCCGAAGAAGGAAAACAGGCAGUGAAGGAGCUUAAUGACCUCUUAUGUUCCGUUGGAUUUGUCCUACGCAAAUACAAUUCGAAUUGCGAGGAAAUUUUAGCAGAUAUUCCAGCAGAUCUUCUUAGCGAUAGAACUGCGUUGGAGUUGGAUUCUUUCUCUACCGUAACUACCCUUGGUCUUAUUUGGGAACCCAGCACCGAUUUGUUUAAUUUCCGUAUACCAACCUGGAGCUCUUCAUCCCCUAUUACAAAACGCAUCGUGCUGUCUGACGCCUCGAAGUUGUUCGAUCCUCUCGGCCUUGUCGGACCUGUGAUAGUACAGGCCAAAAUGUUUAUCCAAAGUUUGUGGCAACUGAAAUGUGGCUGGGACGAUCCUCUGACAGACGAAAUGCAGCUGUUUUGGACGGAAUUCCGCAGAAACCUUACUUCUCUCGACACCCUGUUGAUCCCUAGAUGGGUGGGAUUUUCUCCAAGUAGCGACGUUGAACUGCAUGGUUUUUGCGAUGCUUCCGAGAAGGCGUAUGGCGCAUGCAUUUAUCUGCGAUGCACUCACGAAGAUGGAUCAGUUUCUGUUAAGCUGUUGGUUUCGAAGUCACGCGUAGCUCCUCUCGAAGAUUUGAAGAGAAAGAAACGGAAACAAUCAAUCCCUAGGCAAGAACUUUCGUCAGCACUCCUCCUAAGCCAUCUCUACGAAAAAUUCUGCAAAAGUACGGCCAUGGACGUUAGAAGCUAUUUCUGGACUGAUUCUACAAUCGUCAAAUGUUGGCUAGCAUCAGUUCCGUCGCGAUGGCAAGCAUUCGUGGCGAAUAGAGUCUCCGAGAUCCAACAUCUGACCAAGAAAGGAGUAUGGAAUCACAUUCCGGGUACGGAAAAUCCUGCUGAUAUAAUAUCCCGAGGAAUGACACCUGUCCAACUGCAAUACCAAAUGUUGUGGUUUGAAGGCCCCAUUUGGUUGAAGCAAAAUCGAAGCACCUGGCCAGUUGAGACAGAGUUUUCGCCCGAUCAAUUCGACAAAGAUACGUUGGAGGAAAAAUCGUCUGUGGUGUUGCCCAUUGAAGUUACUGCUCCGAACGAAAUAUUUUCUCGACUUUCCACCUUUACGCAAACGGUCCGCUUGGUGGCAUGGAUGCAACGAUAUUGUCACAACGCUAAAAAGCAGAAUACGAGAAAAAUCGGUAACAUUUCCUUUGAAGAAUUCCUGGAGGCUACAAAAGUUUUGGUCAAACUGUCUCAAGCUGAAAGUUUUGGCCAAGAACUCAAGGAUCUGUCUCAUUCCCAAGAGGUGAGAAGCAGUGCCAGUUUGAAUCCUCAUUUAGUCGAUGGAAUAAUACGUGUCGGCGGCCGGUUAGCUAACGCACCAGUUUCUGAAAAUCGCAAGCAUCCCAUCAUCCUCGAUCACCAUCAUCCCCUUUCGAUCAUGAUCGUCCAGCACUACCACGAGUUCCUGUAUCACGCUGGGCAACAACUCCUGAUUGCCAGUGUCCGCGGGAAGUAUUGGGUUACAAGUCUUCGUGGGUUAGCCCGAAAAACCAUCCAUAGUUGCGUUCAGUGCUUCCGAGUCAAGCCUAAGGUGAUGGAACAACUGAUGGCAGAUUUGCCACCCGAUCGAGUGAACCCUGCACCUCCGUUUCAGAAAGUGGGCGUAGACUAUUGUGGCCCUUUCUUGAUCACCUAUCCUCAUCGUCGAAGUUCCCCCAUGAAAUGCUUUGUGUCGGUUUUUGUGUGCCUCGUUUGCAAAGCUGUCCAUCUGGAGCUGGUCGCGGAUCUUACCACUGGAGCGUUUCUUGGAGCCUUGAAAAGGUUCAUUGGUCGAAGUGGUAAACCAAUCCUGAUUAUGAGCGACAACGGAAGGAAUUUUGUCGGGGCCAGACGUGAAAUAGCAGAACUUCAACGACUACUCCGAAGCCAACAAUUUCAAACCGGAGUGAUAUUCGAAACCUGCAAGGAAGGGAUCAAUUUCAAAUUCAUUCCCGCUCGAUCUCCCAACUUUGGUGGGCUCUGGGAGGCCGCGGUGAAAUCUUUCAAGACUGCUUUUAAACGAACUGUUGCCUUGAAAGUGCUCCAGUACGACGAAAUGACCACUACGCUAGCCCAAAUAGAAGCGGUGUUAAACUCACGUCCCCUAACCCCGUUGAGCGAUGACCCAGAUGAUUUUGAAGCUCUCACCCCUGGCCACUUCUUAAUUCAACGUACAUUAACUGCCCUCGAUGAACCUGAUCUAACUGAUACGCCAGAAAACCAUCUCACCAUGUGGCAAAGGGCCACAAAAUAUGCUCAGGUUAUAUGGAAGAAGUGGUCGAAAUUGUACCUGUCCGACCUCCACAACAGAACGAGAUGGACUCGAAAGCGAAACAACAUUUCGGUGGGCAGCAUGGUGCUGCUGAUGGACGAGAGGUUACCGUCUUUGAAGUGGCCCCUAGCGCGUGUCACUGAGGUUUUCCAUGGGUCCGAUGGCAACAUUCGAGUGGUCAACGUACGGACGCAGGAAGGGACCUACGGAAGGUCAAUAUCAAAGAUCUGCGUUUUACCGAUUCUGGACAACUUCCAGAAAGCCGAUGGGGAGAACUAA